AAAAACGAGAAAGAAAAAAAGAGAAAAACCCGAUAAAGAAAAACGAUCAGUGAGAGUGAAUCAGGACUGCAGUUACAAUAAUUAUUAUUAUCUCUUUAAAAAUGAAAUAAAGAUCAGAAAAUCCCUCAGAGGUCCGAGCUGAAGAAGACGGAAAACAAACAUUAAAAUAAAUGAUCAAAAGAAUUUAAAAUAAAAAACAGAUUUUAACUCAAACUCAGUAAAAAUGAGUUUUUUCAGGUUUUUAAACGGAGUUUGGUUUAAGAGGAAAUCUGAUCAUAAGAGGAGAGAUUUUACACUCCGUCUUUAAUCUAAUGAUCAUCAAUAAUCUCUCAUAAUAACCUGAGAUUAUUAGAGGAUUAUUACCUGAUAACUUCAUGAUCAUAAUUGAUCAGAUUAUCUCUGAGAGCGGCGGAGGGACAGCCGGAGUGACCCGAGCUUCAAAAUCCACUUAAUCCGCAGAAAUUAGGAAAAAAAACAACAAAGAAAUGUUUUUUUUUUUUUCAACAAAGUUCAAAUAAAACAUCGAAAAAAAUAAAUGCGAAUAAAAACAUCAGGUCGUGUUUCUGCAGGAAUGUAAAAAAUCAGCCUCAUGAAAUAAUUUGACUUCGUUAAUAAAGAUUAUUGAUUAAUGUCAAUAAUCUGACAGAUUAAUAAACGAGUUUAAUGUUUUAGAGAUUCAAUAAAAAGUCCGUCUGUCUCUGGGGGAGAAAUCAGCGCCGAUCAGACUGUUCCAGGCUCAGAAUCACAUCAACAUUAAACAUCAUAUUUAUCUCAUUUAAAGUUUCUUUAUAUUUUAAUUUUUGUCUUUUUUUUGUCUCUAAAAUCUGCUGAUUUUUAUUUUCUGUAUCUGCUGCUGAAAUGUUGGAGUUUCUCUCUGUGGGUCUGUUAAAAAAACAUCUUUGAUUUGGAUAAAAAACACAUUAAAUGGACAUGAAGGGGGGGAAGGGUUCACUCAGGUGAUGGUACCUGUGCGGGGCCCUGAUCUGGGGCCUGAUCCGGGCCCUGAUCCGGGUCAGACUUGAACCUGUUUUUUCUGCUCAGACUGAUCUCAGAUCUGCUGCAGUUUAAUAAAAAAAAAAUCCAAAUAAAGAGAAAAACUCUUUCAGUGUCAAAUUAAAUCUGAUGUUUUAUCCUGAAAAAAUAUUCUUAGAUUUUAUUUAAUAAAGUAAAAAUGUGUUAGAGUCAGAUUAUGGAGCUGCUGAGUGUUUAAAGGAGUUAAUGAUCAUUUUAUCUGACAGGUUUAUUAUCAGAGUGACGGGUUAGUGAAGGAUCAUCAUCAUGAACUCUAAAUCAGAGGAAAACUCCUUCAGAUCAACUUUACAGCAUUUAAUCUUAGGCUUUAAAACCUCAGAAAUCUCUUUUUCUUUAAUUUUUUAUUUGGUCCGCCUUAUUUUAUUUUAUUUAUUAUUUUUAUGUCAAAAUCUCUGAUCAACUCGAUCCUUUCAAUCACAGCAAAUAUAAACACAUCUCUUUAAUUUCAGGACGACCUCAGAUUCAGUUUAUGGAGCUAAAAUGAUGUAAAAUAAAUGAGACAUUAGAUUCAGAACCAUCAGAGUCAACCAAGAAACUAAAACAGAAACUGAUCCCAACAGAACUUAAUUAAAAAAACACAUAAAUCUACAGCGACCAAGCCUUUCCUCACCUGAACAUCAUCCUCUAAAGUCUAUCAGGAGAAGAAAUAUUGGGAUUGGAACAAACAACAGAAACUAUUGACAUAUUUACACUCAUUCUUCCAGGAGUUUUUGACUCUUUACAGUUGUUUCUGUGAUGAGACAGAGGACCACAUCAUCCUGCUCAGAGUCUCUUCUUCACUUGUUUCCAAACAUUUAGGAACAUUAUUUCUGAUUUUACAGACAAACAGGGAACUUUCUUGUCUCUUAUUGGACACUACCAUCAAAGGGGACAAUAGAAGAAGAAUAUGAGACCGUGUAAUUGGUCCAAAGUUUGACAGAAAAGACAUCAUCAAAACAGCUCGUCAAACAUCAGCAACAUUUAACAAUAGUGAUCUUUUUUAAUCACAACAGUCUGAUCAAUAAUCCUGUUUUCACUGCAGAUUUACCAUCAAACGUCUCUGAUCAAACACCUGUUUUUGUGGCUGGAUUGUAAACCUUGUGGCAGGUGUAGAAAUGUCUGUAAACCCUCGAUAGAUCGACUAAAGGAUAAACUAUUGAUCACUUUUUACCCCGUAGAGAAACACAGAACAGAUCCUGAGAAACUGUGAACUAUAUUAACGGUUUCACGAGGGAUCGACGGAGAUCCAGCGGAGUUCGAAGAGUUAAAAAAAAACAAAACAAAACAAAAAAAAAUUUGAUUGAUUAAUUAAUUAAUAAUAUUAAUGAAGGGGGGGGGGGGGGGCUGAUCAAUCAAUAAUCAGGAUCGAUGGAUGAACUCAGAAACAGGAAGUGAAAUUCUCCGUCAAAGAAACAAAUCCAUCGAUCCGAUCCGGAGACUGAGCUGAGAACCUGCUCCGGUCCGAGUUUUAGACCGUACCGAUCUGGACCGAGUCAGGACCACGUGGAUUAUCAUCAGAGGUCAAAGGUCAAACCCUGAAAAACAUCUGGUCUGACUGGACCUGAACCGGGUUAGUGGAGCCGGUCCGAGACCCUUGAAGAUCCUGUUCAAAAAAACGGACUCACAACAAACUGUUCCUGAUCUGGUCCACAUGGUCCAAAACUGGUCUAAAUGGUUCUGGUUCUGUAUUUCAGUAUCUGGUCUCUGCAGUAAAAUAAAUCUGGGUCUAACUAGUCCUCUUGUGGUGUUCUGGUUCAGGACUAACUUGAUCUAGACUUUCUGCAGGUGAAAUAAGAACUGGGAUGGACCCUGAUCUCACCUGUUCAGGUGACCCUGGUUCUGGUUCUGGUCUAACAGUCUGUGUCUCUCUGCAGAUGUACUCUCCAAUGGCAGGUGGCGGGAUGGGUUCUGGUCUCGGGAUGGGCUCCAUGUCCGGAUACAUGUCAAGCAGCGGAACCACAUCCGGCUCCUUCAACAUGUCGUACAGCGGGACCGGUCUAAGCCCCGCCCCGGUGGGAGGGAUGGGCGGCUCAGCUCAGGCGGCCAUGUCUGGUCUAGGAGGGGGCGUGGCCUCGAUGGGCGGGGCUCUGAGCCCGUCCAGUAUGAGCUCGGUGUCGGCCCAGCAGGCCUCGAUGGGUCUGAACCCUUAUGGGGGCAUGAGUCCCACCAUGAGUCCCGGCAUGGCGUACGGCGGCGGAGGACUGAACCGCAGCCGUGACAACAAGGCGUUCAGACGGAGCUACCCGCACGCCAAACCCCCGUACUCCUACAUCUCGCUUAUCACCAUGGCGAUCCAGCAGGCGCCCAGCAAGAUGCUGACGCUGAGCGAGAUCUACCAGUGGAUCAUGGACCUGUUCCCGUACUACCGGCAGAACCAGCAGCGCUGGCAGAACUCCAUCCGGCACUCGCUGUCCUUCAACGACUGCUUCGUCAAGGUGUCGCGCUCGCCGGACAAACCGGGGAAAGGGUCGUACUGGACCCUGCACCCGGACUCCGGGAACAUGUUUGAGAACGGCUGCUACCUGCGCCGCCAGAAGAGGUUCAAGUGCGAGAAGAAGAUGUCGCUGAAACCCGAGGGCAGGAAGGAGACGGGGGCGGGAGGGGGAGGAGCGUCCCCCUCUGGAGACGCCAUCAAAUCUUCGGGACUCCUGGACUCCUCCUCCCUGCCCUCCUCCAGCCAGGCUUCCCCUCCCGGCCUGGACCUGCGGGGAGGCGUGAGCACGGCGUCGGACCUGAAGGUGUCCGGCUCCCAGCUCCUGUCCUCCCUGUCCUUACCCCCCCACUCCAUGGGGCACGAGUCCCAGCUCCACCUGAAGGGGGACCCCCACUACUCCUUCAACCACCCGUUCUCCAUCAAUAACUUAAUGUCGUCCUCGGAGCAGCAGCACAAACUGGACCUGAAGGCCUACGAGGCGCUGCAGUACUCCUCCUACGGUGCUGGGGGGGCAUCCGGCCUCGGCGGGAGGACCAUGGAGUCUUUGGAGGCCUCGUACUACCAGGGGGUGUAUCCCAGACCGCUCCUCAACACCUCGUAG